AUGGUAGCUAAGAGUCAGUCUGUUUCAGUAGAUGAUGUUGUUCCUUCAAUAGACUCCAAGGAUCCAAUAUUUAGAAAUAAACUAACUCAAUGUUUCGAUGACAUAUUGAAACAAUCGAGUGAGAUGUUGGUCCAAGAACAGUUGAAGACUAUCCAAUUGGAUGGGUCUUUAAGUAAUGGGUUCCUUAAAAACCAAAGCAAAUUAUUGGCUGAUAGAAUCCAUUCGUUUCACUCAAUUUUAGAUGAUCUGGAUUAUACACUAUAUAAUUGUAGUAAAUUUAUUGAUAAAUGUGAACAAGUUGGUCAAAUCAAAGAAAGGGAAAGAUUAAAAGCUUUAGAACUUGAAAGAGAAAGAGAAAGAGAAAGAGAAAGAGUGGAGCGAUUAAAGAAAGAAGAAGAAGAAGCUAAACUUAAAGAGAAAUUGAGAUUGGAACAAGAAGAAAAAUUAAAAAGAGAGAAAGAGGAACAGGAAAAAAUUAAAAGAGAAAACCAAAUAGGAGAAGAAGUACUUUUAGUACAGGAAGGGAAUUUAGUUAAUGGAAAUAACAAUGAUAAUAAUAGUAACAAUAAUAACAAUAAUAAUGAGGGUAGUGAUAAGAACAGUAAUAAUAGCAAUAAUCGUAAAAAUGGUGACAGUGGUCUUGAACUGUCAGGUGAUGCUUUACCCACAUCUAUUAAGGAUCUAGGCAAUAAUAAUAACAAUGAUAAUGAUAAUACUAUGGGUAGUAAUGUUACCAAUACAGGGUUGACUACCACGUCAAAUAAUACCAUAGAUUUAACUGCUUUUGGUAUGAAUAAAGAUUUAUUAGACAACAAUAAUAGAAACGAUGAAAACAAUAGUAACAAUAAUAAUAAUAUAAAUAUUGAUAUUAAAAGUUCAGUGGACAUUUCUGCAAAUAAUACAUCUUCUAUUACUAAUAUAGACCAAAAUAAUAAUAGCAAUAACAACGGUAAUCCAAAUAGUGCUAAUAAUAAUGGUAAUAACAAUAGCAUGAUAAAUGAUAAAAACGAUUUGAAUUUUAGUUUUAAUGAAUCUUCUAACAUAAUGUCCAUGUUUGAUGAAGAUAUCACAAAUAAUAAUAAUAAUAAUAAUAAUAAUAGUAGUAGUAUUAGUAUUAAUGGAAACAAUGGCAAUAACACUGCUAAUAAUGAAUUCAACAAGAAUACUACUAAUGUCAGCAAUAGCAUAAUUUCAAAUAAUAGUAAUAGUAAUAAUAAUGUUAAUAUACAGCAAGGUGAUAAUAAGGGAAAUCAAAGUACAAUGUUUACUGAUUUGGAAUCUAUGGAUAUGUCCUUAUUUGAAGAAUUAGAUAAUCCGUCAUUUAAAUCUAGCAAUUUAGAUUUAUCAAAUUCAGUAAAUGGUGGUAAUGAUACAAGUAAUAAUAGUAACAAUAAUAAUAGUGAUAAUAUGUUUGGUUCAAAUAACAUUAUGGGUGGCAAUCAGCCUAAUAUUAACAAUGUUGCUAAUCAGAACGGGAAUGUGAAUGGGAGUAGUAAUGAUAAUGAGCAGCUGGAUUCUAAUUUAUUAAGUUCUAUGCAAGAAGGUAGUGAAGAUUAUUUGACAUUAAAUGAUUUUAAUGAUUUGAAUAUUGAUUGGAAUACAAACAAUGAUACAAGGGAUAUGUUUAAUAUAUAA